CGCUGUGCCCGCAGCCCCCGGCUCUAGGCGAGCCUCGCGCGUCCUGCUUAGGAGCGCGGGGCACGGCGGCAGCAUGGGGUGCGGCAGCGUGGGGUCCGGCAACUUGGAGCUGAUUUUUGACAGCGUGGGGCACUUUGGCAGAUACCAGAUAUUCCUCUAUUUUAUAUGUGCCUUCCAGAACAUCUCUUGUGGUAUCCAUUACUUGGCUUCUGUGUUCUUGUCAGUGUCCCCACAGCAUACUUGCAGGCCCCCAGGCAAUGUGAGUCAGGUCCUUUUCCAAGAUAUCUCUAGUUGGAGGUUGGAGGACAUCUGGACCCAGUUUUCCAUCGGCCGUGAAGAUCACAUCAUAGUGCAGCUACAGGACGGUGAGAUUUGGGAGCUCACAAGCUGUCACAGGUUCCGGAGGGAUGACAAGUCGAGUUUGAACUAUGAUUAUAACGGCCGUAAGAGUAGCUUCCCUUGCUUGGAUGGCUACAUCUAUGACAAGAGCAAGUGGCGCAGCACCGUGGUGACUGAGUGGGAUCUGGUGUGUAACCGAGAAUGGUUUGGAAGGCUGAUCCAGCCUACAUUUAUGCUUGGAGUCCUGCUGGGAGCGGUGAUCUUCGGCUACCUUUCUGACAGGGCAGGAAGACGACUUGUCUUGUGGGCCACAAGCACCGGUGUAUUUUUGUUUGGCAUAGCAGCGGCGUUCACGUUUGAUUAUUACAGCUUCAUAGUCGCACGCUUCCUUCUUGCUAUCUCUGGAAGUGGCUAUCUCGUGGUGGUGUUUGUCUAUGUGACAGAAUUUGUCGGCAUGAAGUCUCGGACGUGGGCAUCCAUCCACUUGCAUUCCUUUUUUGCUUUUGGAACCAUGGUGGUGGCUUUGACAGGCUACUUGGUCAGGACCUGGUGGAUCUAUCAGAUAGUCCUCUCCACAGUGACUGUCCCCUUUGUCCUGUGCUGUUGGAUGCUCCCAGAGACACCUUUUUGGCUUCUCUCAGAGGGAAAAUAUGAAGAAGCACAAAAAGUAAUUGAUACGAUGGCCAAGUGGAAUAGGACGAGAUCCUGUAAACUGUCAGAACUUUUAUCACUGGAUCACAAUGGUUCUGCUGGUAAUAAGCCCUCUCAAGUUGAGAAGCACACCCUAUCAGAUCUGUUUUAUGACUGGAGAAUUGGAACAAGGACACUUAUUGUUUGGCUGAUUUGGUUCACGGGUUGUUUUGGGUUCUACACCUUCUCCUUGAAUUCUGUUAAUUUGGGAGGCAAUGAAUAUUUAAAUCUCUUCCUCAUGGGUGCAGUGGAAAUUCCUGCCUACAUCUUUGUGUGCUUUGGGAUGGACCAUGUGGGGAGAAGAAGCAUUCUGGUUUUCUCCCUUCUCUCAAGUGCAGUGACCAAUGGUGUGAUUAUGGUGAUCCCCAAGGAUUACCAUGUUUGGUGUGUGGUGGCAACUAUGGCUGGAAAAUUUUCCAUAGGGGCAGCGUUUGGCCUUAUAUACCUUUAUACAGCAGAGCUGUAUCCAACCAUUGUAAGGUCGCUGGCUGUGGGGAGUGGCAGCACGGUGGGCCGUGUGGGGAGCAUCGCGGCCCCAUUCUGCAUUUACCUCUCCAGCGUUUGGAUCUUCAUGCCACAGUUGCUUGUUGGGACUUCAGCCUUCGUGAGUGGAGUGCUAACAUUCAUGCUUCCAGAAACCCUCGGGAAGCCUCUGACAACUACUUGGGAGGAGACUGAAAAAGAGAGCAGUUCAGGCAAAUUACUUUCCACAACCGAUAAUACUGCGUUAGAAAAUAUUGCAGUGGCUAACUCUGAGGAUUCCGGUCUUAAUAAAUAAAUGUACCAGACGUGCUGUGUAGCACCUGAAAUAUUGUUUAAUGCUUUUGUAUUAGAGGAACAUUAUUCUCAUCUCCUGCAUGUCACGUGUAUGUGUCUUUUUUUUUUUAAUUUUGUAAGAAAGUUUUGAAACAAUGGUUUGGUAAAAGUAGAAGAAAUAAAAAGCAAGAUGAGAAUUCGCA